AUGGGUGGAUCACUGAUCUGUGCUAAUCUCUUCUCUCAUGUUGUUACAACAUUCAUCAUCGACAGCUAUAAGACACUGAACCUCAACUCAGGGAGCCAGAUCGUUGCCCUCCUCAGCCAGAUCUCGCACCAGCUCGCAAACAUGAACAACAGCACUCCCCCGGACACUGCCUUUUUUGCCCCCCAAUCCCCCCCCUUGUCUGCAACGCACUCCGGUUUCCAAGUCGUUCGAUACGUACACGUGUUUGCUUUCCGUCCAUUCUCCGCUUCAGCCCAGAUGUCAUCGUUGGACUCGCUUGGCUAUACGGGGGCUCUGAGACUCGAUCAUGUCCAGCCGGAUAAGAGCAGACAGUAG